UCCCUCGAGGCUGCCACCAUGGGCCCCAAGCUCGCCCUCCUCAGCGCUGCCCUGUGUCUGGCCGGGGCUGCCGUGAACCCGGAGGAGUUGUGGAGCAUGCAAGAUGAUUGUGGAAAAUCUCUGCUACAGGAUGUCGUGUUAGGAUCCCGAAUUGUGGGUGGCCGUGAAGCUCAGACUGGAGCUUGGCCAUGGAUCGUUAGCCUGCAAAUGAUUUAUUCUACAAGUCAAUUGCAUAUAUGUGGCGGAACCAUAGUGAAGGAAAAAUGGAUCGUCACAGCUGCACACUGCCUGAAGAGCCUCAAUAAUCCAGCGUACUGGCAAGCUGUGGUUGGAAUCCAUAAUCUGAGAAGGCCACACCGUUUCACACAGAAAAUCAGGGUUAAAAAAAUCAUUAUCCAUCCCAAUUUCAACAUGGAUUUGUUCAUAAAUGAUAUUGCGAUAUUUCAGUUAAAGAAAGCAAUACGCUUUAACGCUUACGUUCGGCCUAUUUGCUUACCGUUUCUGAACAUUCUCAUAAACUUGAAUGAAAGCACAAGGUGCUUCAUAGGUGGCUGGGGAGGAACAACCGAAAAAGGGAAACAUUCAGUGUUCUUGCAGGAAGCCGAAGUAAAGUUGGUGUCACGUGACAUUUGCAACAGUCACAAAGGGUACUCAGGCUUGGUCCCGAACUCUUCGUUUUGCGCCAGCGGAGACGGAGGCAUCGACACCUGCAGGGGUGACAGCGGAGGCCCUUUCAUGUGUUAUAUUCCAGAGGCAGAAAAGUUCUUCCUGAUGGGUAUCACCAGUUUCGGGAUAGGCUGCGGCCAGAAGAACUACCCUGGGGUGUACGUGAAGGUGGGUCUCUACAAAAACUGGGUGACCCAGGAGAUCCUCAAGGCCAUCAAUUCCACCGGCAGCGGGAGCACCGGGCUCCUCCGGAACCUCCUCACUCUGGGCUGGGCCAUCUCUCUAGUCCUUUCCGGAAGAGGCGCUUAGGCCCCGGAGAGAAGUGCCUCGCGUCCAAGGUUAGUUCCAAGAGCGGUCGGACAAACACAUGGAACCAAGCCCGACUAGCUGCCUCAUCUUUUUAUUCAUGUACUUAUUUUUUUUUAAUUCUCCGAACCAGCUACUCUAGGGAUCGCUGGCAUCCCCCUUGUAAUAUCCGGGGGACGCUUUGUCACGUCGUCGUUUGCAUUUUGCCCAAGACAAAAAUUACACCCCGUUGUCCCGAAAUGCGGGGGACGGGCUCCUGACGAGACCCACGUGAAGGGAAAUUCACACUUUAGCAUUUGCGCCUUGCCUUGAGUGCCACGUGCUGACACUCCACUAUCUCUUCCAACAUCGCAAUCACAUUCUCCCUAGAUGGACGCAUUUUAUUGGAAAAACAACCCCUGACCACGUUCUAUCCAGAAGACAUAGCAAAAUCUCACAUUUUGGGAGAACUGGGUGUAUUCUUUGGAUUUGCCUCCCUGAUAGAUAGUUGAUGUUUUUUUCUAUUUGACUCUGAAUUGUGUGCCUUUUCCUCCCUCUCCCUUCUACUUUUGGUUACUUCGAUAUGUAAAACUAAAACUCUUCCGAGCAGUUGUGUUUCUAGGCUUGUUUCAUUUAUAUAUUUAGUGCAUCCUUUGUCAUUUGGGAUUAUCAAAAAAUAAAGCAUC